UAUAGUCUGUCCCAAGACAUUUUCUCUGGCAAGUUGAUGGGAUCUGGUCUUUAUUUAUUGCAGGUCCUUCGAAUGGAGAUUGGAGCAAAAAUUCUAAAAAGUUUUAGUCAACCCUCCCGAAGAUAGACCAAUUCCCUCCAACCCUUGUAUAAAUAGGUAGUUCUUAUGCAUAUUCAACGCACAGAACCCAGUUUGAUUCAGAGAAAGAUCAUCCAUUAUGUCCACCUCUGGAAUCCAAGGCCUGCCUCUUGAGGUCACUGUUGUUGGAUGUUAUAACUUGAAGGAUAAAGAAUGGAUAUCAAGACAAGAUCCUUAUGUCUGUCUUGAAUAUGGAAGCACCAAGUACCGAACAAAAACUUGCACUGAUGGAGGCAAGAAUCCAACUUUCCAAGAGAAGUUCGUUUUCCCACUUAUUGAAGGCCUACGAGAACUGAAUACUGUGGUCUGGAACAGCAACACCCUUAUGGCGGAUGAAUUCAUUGGCUCUGGAAGGAUUCAACUUCAUAGAGUCCUAUCCCAGGGUUUUGAUGAUUCUACAUGGCCGCUUGUGAGUAGAACUGGCAGACACUCUGGAGAAGUCCGACUCAUAAUGCACUACUCAACUGCUCUGCUAAGUGAGAAAGCCAAGACAAAAUUGGCUUCAGAAGCUCCCCAGUAUACAGCACCAUCCAGCGUCAUUUGCCAAGGCCUAGCUCCUCCUUACCCACCAACCACGGUGUACGCUUACUCAUCCCCAUCUCCUUACACUCCAUACCCUGCUCAGACAACAACAUAUUCUUUCAAUCCCAGCCCUCCACCAGGCUAUCCUCCACAGACAUGCCCUCCUCCUCCUCCGCCGCCGUCAAUCUACCCUCAAUACACUUACCCUCAGUCACCCUCCGUCUAUCCUCCACAACCGUACCCACCACCCCCUCAGCCUCAGGCCUCAUCUUACUAUCCUCCAGGUCCUCCAAGCGGAAUCUAUCCACCCCGACCAUACUGAUCUACUGGAAGAAGCCAUUUUUAGAGAGAUCAUAAUGACAAUGUAAAACCAAUUUUAUUAUUUUCUGCUUUAAGUCUUACUGCGUAUGUGUUUCUGCAUUCCCUUAUUUACGGAUCUUGACUUUACCUUUAA